AUGAUGAAGUUUGUUGUAUUAGCACUCGCCGUAUCUGUAGCUUUUGCUACUCGACAUAUCUUUCCUCGUAUCGAACAAUACCCAUACCACGUAUCUGUUAUGCGCUUUGGCCGAAUCAUCUGCGGCGGUUCAAUCAUCAGCAGCAAGUACAUUAUCACCGCUGCGCACUGCACCGUCGGAUUUUCGCCUUACACCUUCACCAUCCGCGCUGGAUCAUCGGAUCAUAUGACCGGUGGAAUAAUGAUCUACGUCAAAAAGAAUUUCUCACAUCCAGAAUUCCAACCUAACUCUCGGGACUACGAUAUCUCAGUUCUGGAACUUGCCAGUCCAUUACCAUUCGGAAGCAGAAUCAAAAAGUUGGCUUUGCCAAUGAAGGGCGAAGCCCCCAUCGUCGGAGCUAAUGUUGUAAUCACCGGUUGGGGUUACACCGACGCCUAUAGUUCUAUUCCACGCCAUCUUCAAGCCGUCAUAUUUGAAGUGAUUUCCAUGGAAGAAUGUAGAAAUAGACAUAGAUAUAUUGAAAUCACUGACCGUAUGUUCUGUGCUAGAGUUGACGAUAAAGAAGGCAGGAAUGUGUGCAAAGUAAGAUAAUUAUUUUAAA